AUGGCUGAGGUGCCCACUGGCGAAUCCAAAGGCACUGAAGUUAAACCCCAGCAGGCCACGGAAAAAACCCUCAAGGCAUCGCCAAGGCGGGGUCCUCUCUCGGUGCUCAAAGUGUCCCAGGUGUUGCUCCGAGCCAUCACAGCUCACAAAGGGCUGACUCUUGCCACUCUCAAGAAGGAGCUCGGAAAGGCUGGCUACGAAGUGCGGCGGAAGUGCCGCCACUCAGGUGAAGCACCCAGGUCUGAUGUUAAGGGCGCGUUUCUCCGGGUCAGCGGCAAUGAUGCCUCCGGCUACUUCAGGGUCUGGAAGAUUACAAAGCCGAAGAGAAAGCCAGGAUGCCCGAGGUUGGAGGGAGGUGUGCGCUCUUUGAGGAAGACCCCUCCUGGGCCGCGGAGCCCACGGAGGCGCUGUGUGCGUCGCAAGGCUGUCAAGAAGGCCAGGGAAUUAUGGAGACAGAGCACGAAGGCAAACAGGAGGAUGAAGAAGGUCAGGCCAAGAGCCAAGGACUCGGUGCAUUCCAAAGCCAAGGAAGGAGCAAGGGCCAAGAUGAUGAACCAGGUAAGAGGUCGGACCAUAAAGGAAGACAUCAGGCCUAGGACCCGAGAGAAGAGGCCAAGUUCGAAGUCCAGGGAAGAGAAGACGCAGGACCAGGAGAAGCUAGUAAAACGCACCAUCCAGAAGACAACUUUGGUUAAAACUGACCUAAAUUUUUGCGGUCAGGGGAAGACCCACGACCCAAGGGCUGCUUACGCAAAGACUUCUGCUAAAGCUUUAAGUCCUGGGUAUGCAGCGGGGUAUCUGUAA